ACAAGUAUAAAACAAGUUGUUAAUAAAAACCUACUUAGGACCAAACAUACAGCAUCUAAUCCAAUCAACCUGUGACAGUCCAUUUUGUCCACAGGCAUUCGCAGAAACAAACCAAAGUGAAAUCCCAACUAUUAACUUCAAUAAUCAUGAUGAUACAGAAUGGGUUGCACCAAGUAUCUUUACAUCUGAAGUACAAUCAUGGUUUAUCACUAGAAAUACUUCCAAGUGUGGAAAAAGAUUGGCUAAGCCAACUGAAGAGGAGAAAUACAUGUUUUGGGAUGAAAACAAAACAAAUAAGUAAAAAAAAAUAUGUUGAUUAACAUCCAUUUCUGUACAAAAAACCUCUAAGUAAUAAUCUUACAGAUAUAAAUAAAUUAAAUUGGAUUUUAUAACUUUUUAGCUCGUGGUAUCCAUGCUGUAAUGGUUCAAAAACAUCUGGAGAUCGAAUUUUUCGUCAGGUUCCAGCGUUGUUGCCAAUUAAUGUUGAAACUGCCAUGUAUGACAGAAGAAUUGACACUAGUUCAAUACCAAAAGAUUUAAUUUUAGACAUCAAUGAUAUUUCAUGCAGUUUUAGGCUAAUUGGACUUUCACUUUGGAAUGCCCAACAUUACACUGCUAUGGCUUUAUACAAUGAUACAUGGCAUUUAUAUGAUGGUAUAAAAUCACCUAACUUUUUACCAUGUACUGAACAUUUUGAAGCAGUAUACAGACCAACAUACUGUCUAUAUGCAUUGACAAAUUCACAUUCUGAAACACAAAAGCUACAAGAACCCAAUACUAAUGGUGUAGAUGAUUGCUCUGAUACAGAUAUGCUUAAAGCUGCAAUGAUUUUGGAAACACUUUCAACAGAGACUCGAGGUAAGAAAAUGUAAAGUUACCUAACUAUAAAUUAUAAAA